AUGUCCUUCGUUACCAUCGUUUCUAGCAUUAAGGCUACAGGAACAGGAAGUGACGAACUGGAAGUAAAAUCUAAAGCUAAUUACUGUAACAUUUCUGAAUGUCACCUUAGAAUAGAAGAAAUAAGUACAUCAAGGUUGCGUAAUCGUCUGGAUUCUCCGCUUCAAUUAAGCGGGAAAAGGGUCACUAUAGACAACAAAAACAACUGUACAAUAAAUUCAACUUUACUACGAGAGAAUUUGGACAUGAAAAUUGACCUCAGUAUUGGAUUAAUUUCCGUCAAAUGUUCCAACAACAUCAGCAUUCAUUUUUCAUCAGACGGAACAUUAUUUCACACCGAUAUGUUUCUACAUCUCCAAGUUUUAACCUGCAGUAUCUCUAUGGAUUCCCUUUUUGUGUUAAAUAGAAACUUUGGAAAUAUUUAUUCAUUGGAACUUGACAGGACACCUUUACCUAGUGACCAAACCUCUUGCAAUUUCUCUUAUCUUACGAAAGAUGUAUGUAAAACAUGGGAAUCUGUGCAUUCAAUAAAGCUUUCAGCAUCUACAUCAGAAAGUCCACAAAAUAAUAUUUCUAGGGUUUUUAACUGCCCAGGAAACCUAACUGCAGUUAGGGAAUUGAUACUAAGAAAUUGGCAAAUUGAUGCACAUGGAGCAUCUUUUCUCAAGGAGAAGUUUCCGUUUUUACAAAAUUUAGAGAUUUCUUUUUCAAUGAUGACGAUUCCUCCUCAAUUUCCAUGGGAUGAGACAAAUCGAACGUUUCCUCAUAAUUUUUCAGAAUCUGCCUAUACAAUAUUUCACUAUUUACAUAGUUAUCAUGUUGUUCUUACAAGACAAUUCUACAAACGUACUAUCAAUCUGAAUUCCAAUUCCAUAACGGAUCUUUCCGACUUUCGCUUUUUUGGAUACAUUCAACUAUUAGAUCUGUCAUACAAUAAACUUCAGGUUUUAAAUGAAAGGUCAUUUAAUGGACUGCAAGGCGUUCAACAUUUAAAUCUGAGAAAUAACAAGCUGAAAACAAUUUCAAGUCAAUCAUGGAGAAGUCUGAAAUUGUUACGUCACUUGAACCUGCACUCUAAUGACAUAACAGAAAUACAGCCUGAUAUGUUUGACAAUAACCCGGAAAUUGAAUAUUUAGAUCUUUCAAACAACAAUAUCAAUAGAAUAGAAGAAUAUUCCUUUACAAAUCUAUUCAAGUUAAAAGAAAUUCGCUUAGAAUCCAACGCUAUAGUAAAUCUACCAAGCAAUUUUCUUCCUUCCAAUUCACUUAAUUUUCAAUAUUUAUAUUUAGAUCAAAAUCCUUUAAUAGAUUUUCCUUUGUCAAUUGUUUACUUUCGAUCCUUAGAGAAAGUAAGUCUCCGACACACAAAUGUUGACCUACAUGAAUUUAAAGAUAAUGAGCUGCUACUGACUAUUAACUACUACGCUCUUAGAACUAGUGUAGCAAAAUGGUCGGAAGAAAAUAUCAAUGGAAAUAAGGAAAAAAGUCCAGAACGACUUCGACAGAUUGAUUUAUCGGGAUCUCGAGUGGAAAAUAUAGAGCUAGACGUGUUUAAGAGUGGAAGAGAUACUAACAAAUUCAAACACCUUAUUUGGAGAUUAUCUGUUAUUCUGAAACAUUUUGAAUUUGUUCUUGAUGGAAUCAGUUUACAGUGUAAUUGUAGAAUAAAUCAAUUCAACAGGUUUGUACAGGAAGCCAUAAAUAGAAAUCUUUUUAGUGGCAGAGAGUAUUUCUUUAAUGAUUGGAAAUGUUCUUUUCCUUUGGAAUUUAAAGACAAACCACUGGUCAGUAUAAAGGAAUCGAAUACCUACUGCGUCACCAUCACCCCACACUGUCCACGAAAUUGCACGUGUCUGAAGCGAUCAGUAAGCGGUAUCAUCAUUGUCGAUUGUCGUCAGCGUGGUUAUUUCUCUCUUCCCGAGCAACUCCCUGAUGGAAUUCUAGACAUCUGGUUUCAGUACAAUAAUAUAUCAGUAAUUCGAAAUAUUGGCUAUCUGAACCGUAUUCGCCAGCUCUAUCUUUCUCAAAAUCAAAUUGUGGAAAUUGAGAACGAUGCCAUUGAGAGCAUGCACAACAUCCGUCAUCUUCAUGUCGACUCUAACAAUCUUGUUGUUAUGCCUACCAAAAUCCAGGAAAGGGAUAUGGAGUAUAUAAAUAUUGAUAACAAUCCUUUUAAGUGCGAUUGCAAUGCUAUUUGGAUGAAGCACUGGUUGCUGUCAAAUUCAGAAUCAUUUUCUGACGUCACGGGUAUAACGUGCAACAUCGAUGAUCAAAAUGAAAAAGGGACAAAGUUUGUAAACAUUCCAGAUUCCGACUUUAUUUGCUUGGAUGAAUACAAUACACUAAAGGAUUUGAUAAUUCCAAUCUCAGUCAGCACUUUAUCUAUAAUCCUGAUUAUAAUUGGCAUAUGCUUUAUCCACCUAUUCAGCUUUGAAGUAAAAGUUCUUAUGUUUAUGUAUUUUGGGAUCCACCCCUUUGACUUAGACGAAGACGAAGCGAGAGAAGCUGUUGAUGUCCUUGUUGUCCAUGCUCCUGGAUUAACGAAUUGGGUGAUGGAGAACAUUGUGGGUCCAUUAGAAGCACAGAAAGCCCAGUAUAUUGUAUGCGAAAUAAUGAGAGAUUUCAUCCCUGGAUAUUCCAUUCAAGAUAAUUUUGAAAGCAUUGUAAAAAAUAGCAAGCGAAUGAUUUUGGUGCUUUCCCCCGAAAUUCUCGCUGACCAGUUGUUAAAAUUAGUUUGGAGUGAGGCACAAGAAAAAAUAAAAGAAUUGCGAUCGAAUUAUGUGGUAAUGGUAUACUAUAACCUUAAUGCGAACGAUAUCAUGAACGAGGAUAUGUUGCGUUAUAUAAAUCACAGUAAAACCAUGACAUCAAAUGAUCGACUUUUGCGUCAGAAACUUCUAUAUUGUAUGCCUGUCAUUUAUGAGAAUACUGAUGAGGAGGAUCAACGUCUAGAAAUUCGACAUUGUGUGAAAAAGAUGUACGGUGACGAAAUAGGUAAACAAGUUCUGUUUGAACGCCAUGUUUUUAUUUCAUACUCCAACGCCGAGAUAAGAUGUUUGUUGGAUGAAAUAAAACCGCUGCUAGAGGACAAAGGUUAUACCUUAUGUCUUCCUGACAGAGAUUUCAUACCGGGUGCACCACAGGAGGAGAAUAUCCUUAAAGCGAUAGACACCUGUCUUCACACAAUAUUUAUUCUGUCUGGGAAUCACCUGCAAGAUGAGUGGUCCAUUUUUACAUUCAGAACUGCAUGGGAAAAAUCACUCAGAAACAAGAGUAAUUAUCUGAUAGUUAUUCUAAGUGAAGAUGUAGAGCUCGAUGAUAUGGAUGAUGAAAUCAAGUACCAUGUGAAGACGCACGUUACGCUACGAAUUGGCGAUGAGUGGUUUGCGACGAAACUUUUAAACUCACUAGUUGAUGUUAAUACUUAUGCACGAUGUGUUGUAGAUGGAAACAACCGAGAAGACUUAUGUUGUUUAGAUUACGAUGAACAGAGUAUUUCCGAUAGCAUGUUGUUCGACAAUCAUUGUGAUAUUGCAGCCAGGGAUAGUAGAAUUGAAAACGUCGAACAUGGGAUACAAAUUGAAGAAGAAAAACGUUGGCGUAGGGUUGUGUCUGUUGAUAUUCAUAAAGAAUUUGAAGUCGAAAAUAUGCAAGGGAUCGAAUACAAUGACAAUGAAGAUUUUAUAAAUGAUUAUGAAAAUGAAGCGGUUGAAUACAAUGCUACUGAAAGUAAUUGUAAUGGGCGAGAAAACAGUUUAUGUGAAGUGCAGGAAAAAUGUGAAUGUAGAUCAAUCAUUGAGCACUCUGACGGUGAUGAAUUUGAAGAUUUAAGAUUUUUGCAUUUUAACAAUAAUACAGAGGGAGAAAUUAGCUUUAAUAUUAAAGAGGUGUUUCAUCUUAAUGUUACAGAAGAUGAAGAAAACCUGUCAGAUAUCAAAAACGAAAAUGUUUGUUCUAGUUUCAGUUCUGUUAGAGAUUUCGACCAAAGCAGGAAUUUCCGUAGGUUAAACAUCCACUUGGAAACGGAUGAGGGCAAUAUACAUGUUACUCCUCUAUUCAAUCAGCUGAAAACUGACUAUGACGUCAGCGAUUGUGAUGUAAGUGACAGUGACAAUAAUACUGACUCCGAAAGUAGUAAUUAA